GAACCAAUAUCUUAUAAUGCACUUCUAUUUGAUUUGCAGAGAUCUAAAACCAGAGAACAUAUUGCUGUAUGGUGAUGGUUAUGUCAAAAUUGCAGACUUUGGGAUCAGCGAAUUAGGUAAGAUUUGUAACAUAUACACGGUUAAGCAGUUGAGCAUUGGUCAUACAUGUUAUUGUAACCAGAGGUAGACAGAGGGGCACAGUACAACAACCUGCUUUGUGUCAUAUACUGGGUAGAUAAUUAAAGACCUGCAGUGACUUCUGCUCUUCUGUUCAACCAAUGAAUAUAACUUUUAUAUGGAUAAACUUUUUAACUUAUUGCUUUCUUUCUGCUUCAGGAAUGAACUUUGACACCAUAACCAAUGGCGAAUGUGGAACCAUCUUCUAUAAGGCCCCAGAAUUAUUCCGUGGUCAAUACACAAGAUCAGUAGACUGGUGGGCACUGGGAGUGACCAUUUAUGAACUGCUCACUGGAAUCGUACCAUUUAAUGGAACAACUACACUUGAAAUUUAUGUAAUCAUCAAAAGCGAGGAGCCAAAAUAUCCAGAAGAUAUAACUGAGGAUACGCUCAGUAUAUUAGUAAAUCUCUUAAAGAAAGAUGCACAGCUUCGCCUUGGGACAGGUGAACAUGGUACAGAGGACGUGAAGAAGAGUCCAUUCUUUGAGGUAUGUUAUUCUGGUAUCCUGCAUGCCAGAUUCACUUAUUUUUGCUCAUACCCACUAUGAGCUAAUGAUUUUGUCUUUAU